AUGGAUUUCCAGAAAAAGAAUGGCACAAGAAUCAAUGAAUUCCUGUUGGCGGCCAUUUCUCCCACAUGGCAAUCCCAAAUUGCUCUUUUUGUGGUCUUUCUCCUAGUCUACACAGCCACCAUCGUAGGAAACACUCUCAUAAUGUUAACAGUGGGGUCUGCUCCCCAAUUACGCACCCCCAUGUACUUCCUGCUAGGGAAUCUGUCCUUCCUGGAUCUUUGCUAUUCUACUGUCACAGCUCCCAAAAUGCUGAUGGACUUUUUGGUUGAGAAGAGAAGCAUCUCCUUUGAUGCCUGCAUGGCCCAACUCUUUUUUCUCCAUUUUGUAGGUGCCGCGGAGAUGUUUCUCCUCACCGUCAUGGCCUAUGACAGGUAUGUGGCCAUUUGCAAGCCUUUGCAUUAUCCCAGUAUCAUGAAUAGGCAGCUCUGUAGUUGGCUUGUAGCAGCCUCCUGGAUGGGUGGUCUAAUCCAUUCUACAGUCCAGACUAUCCUCACCAUGAGGUUACCCUUCUGUGGACCCAACUGUGUGGACAACUUCUUCUGUGAUGUUCCACCGGUCAUUAAACUGGCUUGCACCAACACAUAUGUCAUUGAGCUCCUUAUGGUCUCCAACAGUGGCCUUAUCUCCACUAGCUGUUUUAUCAUCUUGUUGACUUCCUACACCACCAUCCUGGUAAAGAUACGUUCUCCUGAGGGGCGCCGCAAAGCUCUCAGCAUCUGUGCUUCCCACCUAACUGUAGUGACCUUGUUCUUUGGACCUUGCAUCUUCAUCUACGCUCGUCCUUUCUCCACUUUCUCAGUGGACAAACUGGUCUCCCUCCUGUACAAUAUUAUCACUCCUAUGUUGAAUCCCUUGAUCUACACUUUGAGAAACAAAGAUGUGAAGAUGGCCAUGAGCAAACUGAGAAGCAAGGAAAUAAUUGUUGACAGUGAUGGGAAAUAGAUCGGAUAUUUUCCCCAUUUCUCUUAUUUUAUAUUAAUUUGUAUUAGUGUUUUAAUCUUCCUUUUUUUAAAGCUUCAAGUUUAUAUAUACUGCUCAAAAAAAUAAAGGGAACACAAGCAGAAGACAUCUGAGAUUGAAUGAAUGAAAUAGCCUUAUUAAAUACUUUGUUCUUUACAUACUGUAGUUUAUACACUGCUCAAACA